AGUCCUGCAGUAAGUGCUGCACGCCGUCGCACCUCCAACACUUCUGGACCGUCUGCCGCCAUGCCUGGGAGUCAGGCUCGGAGCCGGACCAGAGACCGGAACAAUGUCCUGAACCGGCCCGAGUUUCUGUCCCUGAACCAGCAGAUCCGCAGGGAUCAGGGGCCUGGGGAGGGGCGAGGGAGCGGGGGUCCGAGGAGAGCGGUGUUCAGACAGCAGAGUCAGCAGGAGGAACCGGGGGUGAGGGGAUCAAGGGAUUCCUCAGAGGGGGGCUCAGCAGCUGAUGGGGUGGUGAAGGAGGACUGUAUGCAGCUCAAUCCUUCGUUCCGAGGCAUCGCCAUAAACUCUCUACUCGCAAUCGACAUCAGCCUGUCAAAGCGUAUGGGCAUGUGUGCAAGGUCCCAUGGCUCUGGGGCCCCACUGCGCUCCAUGGUGACACUGCUGGCCUUCACUGGACAUGCCCUCCCCUGGGUCAUUGGGACUCUGAUCUGUCUGUGGAAGAGCAACACAUUGGCUGGACAGGAAGUCCUUGUCAACCUGCUGCUGGCUCUGAUCUUGGAUCUGAUGACGGUUGCCGGGAUGCAGAAGCUGGUCAAACGUAAAGGACCAUGGGAUUUCCCACCAGGGUUUUUGGACUACAUUGCCAUGGACUUAUAUUCUUUCCCAGCUGCCCACGCCAGCCGAGCCAUCAUGGUGUCCAAGUUCCUGCUCAACCACCUGGUGCUGGCGGUGCCCCUCAGGAUCCUGCUCUAUCUGUGGGCCUUCCUAGUGGGUGUGUCCCGAGUGCUUCUGGGUAAACAUCACCUGUCAGAUGUUGGUUGUGGAUUCGCUCUUGGCUUCCUGCACUUUAACCUGGUGGAGUCUGUUUGGUUGGACUCUGCCACCUGCCAGACCAUCAUCUCCAUAGGCACUCUGCGCUGGACUCCACUACUAUGAACUGGUUUGAACUGGUUCAAGACUGGUGCGUCUGAACUAUGAUCUUCACUUGAUGUGCUUGUGUGUGGCACAUGGGACAGAAUUUUUUAAACUGGUUUAAAUUGUAGUUUUUUUUAAAUGAAUUUGGACUAAUCUGAGUGGAUUUGAAGUUCCACUCUAGCUACAAAUGCUGGAUACUUUUUGCUAAGACCAGUUUGGACUGAGUUUAUCUGGUCCGGCUUGAUUUUUUUUAAACACCAAAAACUUCUUUACUUUGUAGCAUUGCUUAAGAGUUUUCUGCAUACCGCUGCUUGGAUUUUUUUCUGAUACCUGAAUGGAUGAAUGUUGAUCAGUUACCAACUAGGCUUCAAUAGUGAGCUUAAUGCAUUAACAGUUAUAGAUGAGGACAAAAUUAUUAGCCCCCCCUAUGAAAAUGCCAUUUUCUUCCCAAUUAUUUCCAAAGUGCUGUUAAACAGAGCAAGGAUUUUUUUAACCAAAGCUCUUACAAACAUCCCUUUUUAUUUUGGAUGCUUACAUUGUUUUACUUUGCACACAGAAACAAAAUUAUUUCACAAAAUCUAAAACUGCCAAGGUCAAAAUUAUCAGUCCCUCAGAGACACGUCUCUUGAGGAAUCCCAGGCCAGUCUUCUUUGGCCAGUCGCUCAAGCUCCUCCAGAUCUGAUGGUCUUCUAGCAUCGAUCUUGGUCUUCAGUUCACCCCACAGAUUUUCAAUGGGAUUCAAGUCAGGGCUUUGUGCAGGCCUGUCAAUAACGUUCACUUUGGUCUUCUGGAGGUAGUUCUUUAUCAGGAGUGACAUAUUUUUUUGGGUGUUUGCCAUGUUGGAAGAAAAAGCGACGAUCCAGACCCAGUUUUGUUGCUGACUGCUUCAAGUUUCAUUCAGAAUCCCCACAUAUCCUUCUUUCUUCAUGGUUCCUUCCACCUGGACAAGGUUUCCAGUUCCAGAUGCACCGAAGCACCCCCACAACAAAAUACUCCCACUGCUGUGUUUAGCUGUGGUAAUGGUGUUCUUUGGGGAUAGGCCUCUACCUUCUUUCUCUAAACAUAAGCAACGUAUCUUUGGCAAAAGAGUUCUGAUUUGGUCUCAUCUGACCAAAGGACACAAUUCCAGUCUGCAUAAUAUUUCUCCAGGUUGUCCUUAGUAUAUUUCAGUCUGGCUUGAAGGUGUCUCCUCUGCAGAGGUGGGGUUUUUCUUGGUCCAUUCCUGUGCACGGCUCUAGUGAUGGUCUUCUUUGAGAAUACAAUUCCUGACUUGGCUAAGUCCUUCACUAGUGUCUUGGCAGUUGUUCUGGGGUCUUUAGACAUAUCUCUUACUAGUUUUCUUUCCAGAGUAUUUUUAAUCUUUCUCUUCCUUCCUCUGCCAGGCUUGAUUUGUUUUGUGUGGUCCUCUUUAGAUUUCAUGAUGAUACUUCUCACGCCAGUUCUUGGCACUUGGAAAUGCUAUGAUAAUUUUGUCUGUCAUUUUCCGGCUUUGAUAGAGUCAACAUUUUUUUCCUCAGGGCUGAACUGAUUUCUUUUGUUUUUGCCAUGGUGCUUUCUCAGUGACAGCUCAGACCCUUACUGAAGUUUUUAUAUUAAUUUAAACUGGAAGAUAACCCUCACUUUGACUUGAUUUGAUAAGCUGAGCACUAGAAAGUUUAAGCACAUCAUAACACAACAGCAGCUUCCACUGUGGCUCAAAAAGGUCAGUUCUAAAGGGGGCUAAUAAAUUAGACCCUGGUAAUUUUUAGUUUUGUAAAAUAUUUUCUUCUGUUGCAAAUUAAAAUAAUAUAAGCAUCAAAAAUUAAACUAGAGUAAAAUUCGUUGCUUGGUUCAAAAUCACUCAGGAAAUACUUUGAAAACAGGGAGAUUUUCAUAGGGAGCUAAUAAUUUUGUCCUCAUCUGUAGCUAAAACUGAGCAGACUGAUGAGGCCGUUGAUUACCUAGACCCUGAUGAUCCCACGCCAAGAAAUACUACUACCCCAAACCUCAUGUGUUUUAAAACCUCUGCAUUGGCAAGUAUGGCUAUUGGUGCUCUGACUGGUGCAAUAUUUCAGUUUUUGUUUUAACGGUUCGUUAGAACAGCUCAUUGCUGAAAUAUUUAACUGUCAGAAGCUUUACCCUUAGCCGUCGUUAACCUUGCCUUCAUGUAACAGUUAGCUAACAUCUCAAACAGUUAGCUUAAACCUAUAAGUUGGCUGACUGCAAAUAUUAAAAAAAAUAUGAUAGUUCUCAACUUUUAACAGUUAGCAAACACUUAGCUGACUGCUGUAUUCCCUCGUUUACUGUGGUGUAAGUUAGCAUGUGGCUUUAACAGUUACCCUAAAGCUGUAACAGUUGCCUGUUAGCCUACCUGUAUUCGUUCAUUAGCUCUGACAGCGUCAGCUACAUUUUGUAUUUGUGUGGUCAGGACUCAAAUGGUGGUUUACAGACCUGUCGCAUAGUGGAACCUUUGGGACAUUUUUGGGUGUUUUGCCAAGGGAUUGGUUUAAAAAAAAGGAACUGUGUGUGUUUCUGUGUGCAGCUGUUGUGUCUCAGGGUUUUAAAGCUUUCUCUCUGAGCAGCUACAAAAAGCCAAGUGCACAAUAACUCUCAGACUCUGUGUUCGUAGUUUUUGUUUGUCAAUUUACAACAAUGUGCUCUUGACAAAGGACUGAUAGGAUUGAUAAGCUCAUUUAUUUAACCAAAAUAAAGCGUAACCCAACAGGUGCUGUAACACAGGGGUUCUCAACCGGUGGGACUUGGGACCCCGAAGUGGGUUGUGGAGCAGUGGGUUUUUGAUGUGUGCCUGUGAAAAAAGGGGGAAAAAUCUUUGAUGUACAAAAGCUCUUAGUAGACAUACAGUGCAUUUAGAAAGUAUUCAGACCCCAUUCACUUUUUUCAGUUUUGUUAUGUUGAAACCUGAUGCUGCAAUCGUUUAAACUCUUUUUUUCUCGCAUUAAUCUACACUCUGUUCUGUAAUGACAAAAUGAAACCAGAGUAAACAGAGUAUUCAGACCCUUUGCAACAACACUUGAAAUUUAGCUCAGGUUCCUCCCAUUUCUCUUGAUUAUUGCUUACUUGAGGUGUUUGUACACCUCAAUCAAUAUGUAGAAACAUUUUAGCCAUUCUCAUACACUGAGUGGCUGACAAGAAGGAGACUAGGAGAGAGGCUACCAAGACCCCCAUGACUACUCUGAAGGAGUUACAAGCUUCAGCAGCUGAGACUGUUAGAGUGACAAAGAGAAAGCCCCUGUUGAAGAAAACUCAUUAAAUCUGCACUAUAGUGCACCAAAAAUCAUGGAAGACCCCAUGGUCAAGUGGAAGAAAGUUCUUCGGUCUGAUGAGACCAAAAUAGUGCUUUUUGGCCAUCAGACAAGACGCUAUGUUUGGCCAACAGCAAACACUGCACAUCACCAUCCUCUG